UGAAAUAGCCAACUUGGGAGACAAAUCAAGAUCUCCAGCUGAGGAUGGCUUUCCAUGUGGAAGGAUUGAUAGCUAUCAUUGUAUUCUAUCUUCUGAUAUUGAUGGUUGGAAUAUGGGCUGCUUGGAAAACCAAGAACAGUGGCAGUUCAGAAGAACGUAGUGAAGCGAUUAUAGUUGGUGGCAGAGAUAUAGGUUUGCUAGUUGGUGGAUUUACUAUGACUGCCACCUGGGUUGGAGGAGGUUAUAUAAAUGGGACAGCUGAAGCAGUUUAUGUACCAGGUUAUGGUUUAGCUUGGGCACAAGCACCAAUUGGAUAUUCACUUAGCUUGAUUUUAGGUGGUUUGUUUUUUGCAAAACCAAUGCGUUCCAAAGGAUAUGUGACUAUGUUAGAUCCAUUUCAGCAACUGUAUGGGAAGCGCAUGGGUGGACUCAUCUUUAUUCCUGCCCUAAUGGGUGAAAUGUUCUGGGCUGCAGCUAUUUUCUCUGCCUUGGGUGCAACCAUCAGUGUGAUUAUUGAUAUCAAUAUAAACCUUUCAGUUAUUGUUUCUGCCUUGAUUGCAAUUCUGUAUACCCUGGUGGGUGGACUCUACUCAGUUGCCUACACGGAUGUUGUCCAACUCUUCUGCAUUUUCUUGGGACUGUGGAUCAGCGUACCUUUUGCGAUGUCACAUCAUGCUGUUGCAGACAUUGGAUUUACUGCUGUGCAUAAACUUUUCCAGGAACCUUGGUUAGGAUCUCUUAAAUCAAAUGAAGUAUACACUUGGAUUGAUAAUUUUCUUUUACUGAUGAUGGGAGGGAUUCCAUGGCAAGCCUAUUUUCAAAGAGUUCUGUCAUCAUCUUCAGCAACCUAUGCUCAGGUUCUAUCCUUUUUGGCAGCUUUUGGGUGUCUAGUGAUGGCCCUCCCUGCAAUACUUAUUGGUGCAAUUGGAGCAUCAACAGAUUGGAAUAAGACUACAUAUGGUCUUCCAGAGCCCAUAGAAAGGCAAGAAGCAGAUAUGAUUUUACCCAUUGUGCUGCAGUAUCUCUGUCCAGUAUACAUUUCUUUCUUUGGUCUGGGUGCAGUAUCAGCUGCUGUAAUGUCAUCUGCAGAUUCUUCUAUCCUAUCAGCAAGUUCAAUGUUUGCUCGAAAUAUCUACCAAUUAUCAUUCAGACAAAAUGCAUCUGAUAGGGAAAUCGUCUGGGUUAUGAGAAUCACUGUGUUUCUUUUUGGAGCAGCAGCUACCGCAAUGGCCCUGUUAGCCAAAUCUGUUUAUGGACUCUGGUAUCUCAGUUCUGACCUUGUUUACAUAAUAAUCUUUCCUCAACUCUUGUGUGUGCUCUUUAUUAAGGGAACCAAUACAUAUGGUGCCAUGGUAGGAUAUGUGCUUGGUCUCAUAUUCAGAAUAAUUGGAGGAGAGCCAUAUCUUUACCUGCAGCCACUGAUCUUAUAUCCUGGUCAUUACCGUGAUGAAGAUGGCAUUUACCACCAGAGGUUUCCAUUUAAAACAUUUGCUAUGUCCAUCUCCUUCUUGACCAAUAUCUUCGUCUCUUACCUUGCCAAAUACCUCUUUGAAAGUGGAACCCUGCCUCCCAAAUUAGACUUCCUUGAUGCUGUAGUUGCCAGACACAGUGAAGAGAAUAUGGACAAAACAAUUCUGGUCAAAAAUGAAAAUAUUAAAUUAGAUGAGCUUGCACCUGUGAAGCCUCGGCAGAGUUUGACUCUCAGCUCAACUUUUACAAAUAAAGAGGCCCUCCUUGACAUUGCAUCCAGCCCAGAAGGGUCCAGUACUGAAGAUAACUUACAAUGACUCCAAUGAAAUGAAAUACUGUUUCCCUCCCCAUACAGGGUAUUGCAAUCACAUAGCCAACAGAAGAUGAAAUGCAGCAUUUAAGGAAAAAGAUUAAGUAUAAGUAAUACUUCAGAACAUUGUGUAACCAGAGUUAAAUACCACUGCACCAAUCCAAGCUACGUCAAGAGGGAUGGGUGGGCAGCCUUCUGUGAAAUCAACAUUUACAUUUGACUGACACAUACAUUUCUAGAUAACUUUACAAAUUUGUGGGAAUAAAAUCAUAUUCUAUUGAAAGAGAUAGCAGCAAGGGGUUUGUAGAAUAUUUUUCCAAAUAUAUGUAUUCUGCAGGGUCUGCAAGGGGAGUAGAUGUUUACAAUUAGAGAAGCAGCUGGAAGAAAAUUGAUGAUCUCAAUCAAAGUUUUGGGAGGAGAUGACCCAUCCAGAAAAAUAAGUAGCCAUUAUUUUACACUAAGCGAACAGCCUAAUGUCACCCCUCAAAAAAGUAUAGUGAAUUAGCCACUAAAUUGUUCUUGAAAUGAGAUUUCAGAAAAUUCUAUAUUUCUAUUCAAAAUAGAAGACUGAAAGUCUAUCGGCUACAUAAUAUAGUUGUCUUUUUUUCAUUUGAGGAUUUUCAUAGUAAUGGCUGCUAACCUAUUGUUCUGAGCCCAGACUCCAGAUAUAAAUUCAUGACUAUCUUUAAGAUGUUUUCUGAUGUUCGAAGUUUUCAACAAACAAAAUCUUCUGUCAGAGACAAAUUCUUUUGGUUCCCUAAGUAAGCUCAGCACUAAUAUCUAUUUAUAAAGUAUACCUAGGAGCAGAAGAGAUUUAUUAUUAGAAAAUUUGGAAGCAAUAACUUGAACUAGAAAUUCAACAAAAGGGAAUGCCUGAAGUAAAUAUAAUUUUGCUGUCGUGAAAAAAGAACAAUUUCUGGCUUCACUUUUGAAGUCAGUAAUGGAAGAAAAUAGCAAGGUAGAUGAACAUAAAUGUUACCAGCACAGCUCAAGCUAAGCUAACUAAAAAGCAAAUUGCUAAAUCAUUAUGCAUUCUACUAAAUAUUUCCCAUCAGCUUUUAAUUUCCCUGGCAAUCAUAUUAAUAAUAGGAAAUCUAGAAGACUAAAAACUACCCACCUUGGUUUUGGGCUAACAGUGCAUGGCACAUUGUGGCAUUUACUCACUCCCCAGCUUAUUCUCCAAAUUAAAUGGAUAAUCACAAUACAAGAGAAUCCAGUGAAUAUAAAAGCCAAGAUGAAAGUAGAGAAUCAGAAAACUGGAAAUAAAUCCUGCUGCCAAAAGGAAGAAGCCAUCAAUUUUAACAUUUGAUGUUAACAUAACUUUCAUGAGGUUGUUCAUUAUAUUAUUUUUGCUCCUUUUCUGGAGUUUUAAAAAUAUGUGUACAUAUUAGUAUAUAUGUAUAAUUGUAUACAUUCAUUAUGGAAUCUUAAAAUAGUUUUUCCACCAAUUACAUUUCAGUAGUAACAUGAUUUAUUUGUAGGGGGGAAAAGAGUGAAGUUGAGAGCUGAGCAAUUAGCAAAUAGAAAAACUGAAUCAUUUUGGCCUAAAGUCUUUGUUCUUCCAAUAACUGAGUUUUGAUCCUAUAUAGACAUCCAAGUUGAUUUAGCUUUCAAUGUAGAAUAUCAACAUUCAUAUUCCUGAAACAACAGUUUCCGAAUUUCCUUUGCAAUUUUCUCAAAGUUUUGAAUGAAACAUAGAUAACUUUCAUUCUAAGCAAGCUUUAUAUGUAGAAUUGAAUUUUCAGAAUACACAUAAUAGGAAAAUUAUUCACUUUUUCAUCACAUGAAUUUCCAGAUUCUUAGGCAGGAAUUUAUCACGUAUUAAAUUAUUUGGCAAUCUUUAUGAAAUGGGAUGGUAUGCUCCAUUUCCCAAUGGCCACUAGAGAUACCCAGAUACAAGGAAAAUUCAGUCUGAAUAUUUAAUAACACAAGAGAAGAGAAGAGAAAAAUUCUAUAAGCAGAGGCUUUAGAGUCAAGGAAUCUCCAGACAUGGAUAAAUUUCUGCUAGUACAGGAGAAGCAUUCUGAGAAAGGGGAGGAAAGAGCCCAAAGCAACACAAUACUCGAAGUUUCCAAGAAAAAGUUGAACUGCUGGGUACAAAAAGUGAUUCCAAGAAUAAUUAAUGAUGCAGGUAUAUUAGAAUUGCCAAAAUGUCUAGAAAUAAUCAUUUAAAAUCCUUUAUCACCAUACAAUUUACAUUUGGGAUAGGGCGUAGUAUUUUUUUUUAUCCCCAUGAAAAUAUAACUCUAAAUUUAUAAUGAAAUUGUUAGGGAAAUAGUCACUUUACCAAAAUUUUUUUUUCAAAAUCCUGGAGUCUUCUGUAACCUUGAAUCAAUGAUUAUAUGAUGUGAAUAGAAUUUGUUAGAGUAUGCAUUUUGUAAAUUUAAAAUUUGCCUGCAUCUAUAUUGAGGUUAAGGUAGGUUCAGACCUGUGAUUUCAUUGUAUUAGGAAUUCCUAGGUUAGGAACUCUUUUCAAAGCAGAUCUACAUUUGCUCUACAAAAUAGAGUACUGAAGAGUUAGGCCUACUAUUUAUAGAUAAAGCAUUCUUAUUAUGAUUGCAUUCUUCAUUUUCAUGUGUUUUUAAAUGAUUGGGAAUGACAUGCUUCCAUGUUUCUAGGUAUUUCAAGAAUUGAUACAUAACCUCAAAAUGUUUUUGGUUAACUGAGAUGUUAAAGAUUAGUCCAAAUAAGCUAUUCACCCUGUUGUCUAAAUCCAACAAAAUAUUUGGUAUAUGUAUGGUUAAGAUAAUCUUAUAUGACUGGACAGAAUGUAAACUUGAAAGAAUUGAACUUAAGUUUGAUGACUAUUGGAUUUUGGUUAUUAUUUUUAUGCAGUGAAAUGAGGUAAUGUUUUAAAAAUAUAAAUGAUCAUUUUCCCCUCCAUUCUUCAAGCUGAUUUGCUCUGGUAUAAUGUGCAAUUAGGAACCAAUUUAUUGUAAGUCUGCUAUUAGCCAGACUAUGCAUAUGGUGGUUCUAAAAUAUAUAUUUUUGUCUGUCAAAAGUAUUAUGUAAAACUAUGCUAAAUAUUAAGUAGAUUAAAAAUAAUAGAUGUCUAUGUUUUCAAUGUAAUAGUACUGUAUUAAAUUGUGCCAAUAUAAUUAAGGA